AUGUCGAAGGAAUUGGGUGUGCUCAUAGUAGGAUUGCUAAGCCAGCAAGAAAGUAUUCACCAGGUGAACGUGAGCAGACCAUUUCCUUGUGUGCGUAACAUCAAGAUUCACAUUCCUAUUGACAAAUCUGUAAAACCUGUUGCCCAGCGGUUGAGGUGUUUACCAUUUGGAACACCCGACCGAGUGGAGGAUAAACUCAAAGAAUUGCAAGCGAAAGACAUCGAGAAAGUUUCUGAACCGAGCUCAUGGGUUUCCCCGUUGGUCGUGGUAGUGAAGGAUACCGGAGAUAUUCGCGUCAACAUGCGGCAAAUUAAUAAAGCGAUAUUGCGGGAGACUCAUCCUUUGCCUACGAUUGAGGACGUUAGAUGGAAGUUAAACGGAGCUAAGUGUUUUUCUCGAUUGGAUAUAAAAGACGCUUUCUAUCAGCUUGAACUCGAUGAUGAGAGCAAACCGCUCACUACGUUUAUUACGCAUAAGGGUUAG